AAGAUUACUAAUGCUAUCAAACAACACUAGAAAUCUUAGAAAUGUUACGUCGAAACAGAUUGAAGAAUAAAGCUGUUGCAAUUGGUCUUCUGUUAUUCAUUGCUGUAAUUUACAGUGAAUUUUUAGUCUAUGAUAUACAGAAGUUGAAAUGGUCAGUACGAGAAUGCUCAGAAUGUGUCAAGGUAUUGCUUGUUGCAGACCCCCAGAUAUUGGGUGAAAAGAAUGAAAAUUAUUUCGGCUCUUGGAUAGCACAAUGGGAUAGUGACAAGUACUUAAAGAAAACAUUUUCAAGAGCUCUAGACCACUCUGAUCCUCAUGUUGUUGUAUUUCUGGGAGAUCUUAUGGAUGAAGGUCACUUUGCCAAUGCAAAAAGUUUUAAAGCAUAUAAAAGAAGAUUAGAUUAUAUCUUUGAAAUGCCUGAUAAUAUAAUGAAAAUUUAUCUACCAGGUGAUAAUGAUAUUGGAGGUGAAGAGGAUGUAGUUUCAUCCAAUAUUCAUAACAGAUUUAAUUUUGCAUAUACCCAACCAGAUACUCUAGUUCACAAAACAGUAACAUUUUUCAAGGUAAAUAGAUUGACACAUACAAUGCCAGAAGCUCCAAAAGAUGCCUUUCUCAACGAUUAUGCAGAAAGAAAUACAACAAACGUAGUACUUAGUCAUAUGCCUUUAUUAUUCAUGCCUGGUACCUUCGUCCAAAAUGUACUGAAGGAAUUAUCUCCUCAAAUUAUUUUUACCGCACACGAACAUAAGGCCAUGCACAUCAGUUUAGACACGGCAACAGACCAAUUAAGUGAGAUUUGGGUUUUACCUCCCUAUGAGACACCAUUGUAUCAAUUAAGGAUGGACGUAGGUGAUAUUCACGAAGUGCAAAUUCCUACCUGUUCGUAUAGAAUGGGUACCCCUCACACGGGAUAUGGAUUAGCUUAUAUAGAUACGCAAGAGAAGGCGGUAGAAAUUACUAUUUUAUGGCUCCCAGGAAGAUUUCCUCAAUUAUGGAUUUACGUUUUUGUUGGAAUAUUCAUUUUAGCCUUCAGCGUUUAUGUGUACAUAUCCAGUUAUUGCGUAAAAAGUCAUGCAGCUUAUAGUCGCAUGUCUUCGAUAUAAAUGCGGCAUAUAAUCAAAUACGAUAUAAAAUCUAAAAUGAUAACUUGACAUUGAAAAUGAGGUACAAAGAUCCGUCCAAUUAAUGUGAUUCUACUACCAUCUAUGUCAAGUUUUGAAUGGAAUAAUGUGAUGGUCAUCUGACGCUUAAAACAAGAAAAAUUCACUUAUUAUCUAGCAUCAGUAAGAUACUUCUUAGAACAUGUUCCUAAAUGUCUCAUCACAGUUAGUAAUUAAAGGAGAACAACUUAAUUUUCACUGAAUUCACUUACA